AUGCUUUCGAGAUCGCAUCGCACCUCGUGGGCCCGGGCCGAAGAGGCCUUGGGAACGUCAGGGUCGGUUUUGAGGCGCCUUUGUUCCCGGCUUCCCCGGCUUCCGUGUGGUGCUGCCGACCGCCCUACGCUGCAGCACUUCGUACGAAGCCGCAAGGUCGCAUUUGGUGCAAAGCCGGACGAGCGGCUGCCUGGCCACGCUUCUUCGAGUCGCCCCCCCAUUGAGGGAGCGCUUAGCCCAGCUGGAAACCCUGUUGCGGAUAUCGUGCUCAGGGUGCUGCUCAGGGAGCAGCUGCUGCGCAGCUUCUGCGCAGAGGCCGAGUUCUGUGUCCUGGCAGCACUUGCACAGGACCCGGUGAUUCUAUCUGGAUUCAGAAACUAUUCCGUGACCAUGCCUAUGACUAUCCCUAUGGCCCUAUGA